AUGUCGAAUUUACGUCAACACCAAUCACAAGCAGAGGCAGGCGGUAACAUAACAAGCCUCUUAACAAAACUAGGCGGAGGAAUCGAAUGCGGUGCUGACAUUUGCAAUACACACGAAGAACCGCAUUGUGUAUUGCAUCACCAAACUUUUAAAUGUGAUCAUCACUGUGAUGAGCAUCAUUUGUGUGAUAAUGAAGUCCCGGACCCUCACGGCGACAUCCCAGACUGUUGCUGUAAAGACCAGGCAUGUGUCGACUUCGUCAAAAGUACCACCAAUACCCAUCUUGAGGGCGUUAAAUGUCCAGAUUGCCCAGACGUACAGAAGAACCAAUGCCAUGGAGAUCUGCAUCACCGUUGUGCUCCUGAUGAGAUGUGUGAAGUGAUCACCAACGGGAAUGGCAUUGCCUCAACCCGCUGUCAACAUGAACCCGAUUGUAUCCGGGAGCAGCACUUGGGCACACUUACUGACCCACGCUCCAAAUUUUGUUGCAGAACACAGACAUGUAUAAACUCUGUAUUUCAAAACCCCAUGGGGACAACAACCACUAUGACUGCUUCAAGUACUACCAACAAGUUCAUAAGUACGACUGUGCCUCCGUCUACAGCUAAACCUUUGUACUGCCCAGUGUGCAGUGACGCCUUCACUGGAAACUGUACGCAAUCGGCUUGUGCAUCGAAUGAGGGCUGCAUGUUAACCGUUACGCAUGGUCAACUACGGACUGGAUGCGAGGAGAUAACAAACUGCCAGUAUCAUGAGAGGAUAGGAGACGCCGUGUGUUGUACAGACAAGAACUGCACUGAUAUUGCUUUCCAGAAAAUGCUCAGCUCAUCAUUCACGUGCCCGAUAUGCAUAAAUGCACAAGACCCCCACGCAUGUAUGAGAAUGCAAGGGAAAUGCUCAUACCUCAGCAAAGGUUGCAUGAUCACGCAUUCCCAAGGUGGCAUCUCCUCUGGCUGCAAUGCGCAUAGUAAGCACUGCGAAAUAGCACAGGCUGCUAACUCGCCACUAUGUAACGUCAACCCGAUACCAUUCACGUACUCACCAGGACUUCAGUGCAGUUUCUGCUGUCAUAAUAAUGAUAGCACGUGUAUAUUGAACGCCUUCGGAGUCCAUGAUGUAACACCGUCACCAACGACAGGGAUUUCAGGUAAAUCUUUUUCUUCAUGCGUUGACCACGAAGACUCCACCUUUUCGUGUAAAGACUUCGACAAAACGUAUAACAUGUGUUCCAGUGCUGUACCCUUUAUGGUCCAUCUCGUUGGGACGAAGUGUCAAAAAACAUGUGGUAGAUGUCCAGGAUCAGGACCUUUACUCCAAUGUGAGGACAAAGUAAGCGCCUGUCCUGUAAUGGCUAGCUCUCUAUGUUCAUUAACUGAUCCUGCCUCACAGCAGUACGCCAACGAAAACUGUGCUAAGACUUGUAAUCUCUGUGCCGCAACAGCAAUGACAACUCCUGUCCCAUGUGUUGACAAAGAUAAUAAUUGUGCUGGAAUGGCGGGCUUCCUUUGUCCAAGUACUGAUUCUCAAUCUUUGGACUACGCAAAAGAACACUGUGCGAAGACGUGCAACCAUUGUGCCACAAGUUCUCCGCUGCCAACAGUCUCCGCUCAGUGUAUCGAUCAUGACCUCUACAAUAACUGUGCGACAUUGGGCAAUCAGUUAUGUAAUUCACAAGAAAUCCAUGUGAAAAACUUUGCCAUCGCUUCCUGUGCCAAAACUUGCAAUCUGUGUACAGAAUAUUUUCUGUCGGGUCCUAUUACGGGUUAG